UGAGAAUUAGUGAGUGUUAAAAGCCAUUGAGGCAUAAGAAGGAUCCUGUAUCUGCUCUUCCUUGGUCAGCUCACAUCUUUUUUCAAGUCACUCACGAGCUUCACUUCUUCUCUGGUAGCCGAUCUUGGUGCCGACACUCCACUGACGUUGUCAUUCUUUUGUUACUUGUUGUUGUCAUUGGUGUACGGAAGCCUCUUCAUUUUUAGGCGCCCCAGAAACUCAUGGUUCCCUGGUAUUGGUAUCUUCUCAUAGGGUUUGCUGAUGUCCAAGGAAACUUUCUUUUUAACAAGGCUUACCAAUACUCGUCAAUUACAAUUGUGACAAUACUGGACUGUUGGACAAUCCCUUGGGUAAUAUUGCUGACAUGGAUCUUCCUCGGAACCCGAUACUCCCUAUGGCAGUUCUUUGGUUCCGCUGUCUGUGUUUCCGGGCUAGACCUAGUCCUCCUAUCCGAUUCCGGGGUAGCCCUAGACCUCUUCUGGGAGAUGCAUUAGUGAUUAUGGCAACACUUUUCUUUGCAUUGAGUAAUGUUGGUGAGGAGUUUUGUGUGAAGAAGAAAGAUCUUGUUGAAGUUAUCUCAAUGAUGUCAAUAUCUGGGUUGCUAGUGAGCAUUUGUCAGAUAGCUAUCAUGGAAAGGAAUAGUCUAGAGUCGGUGAAAUGGUCUGCAGAAAUGAGUCUGGCAUUUGCUGGUUAUCCGUUUGCAGCCUUUCUGUUCUACUCAUUUGCUCCUUUUGUUCUAAAGAUGAGCGGAUCCACACUGUUAUGUUUGUCUCUUCUAACUUCGGAUAUGUGGGCAGCUGUCAUCAGAAUAUUUUUCUACAAGCAGAAGAUUGACUGGCUUUACUAUCUAGCUUUCGGGCUAGUAGUCAUUGGACUUGUAUACUCAAAAACGGAGAAGGGAUCAGUUUCUGCCGCAGAGAGUGAGGAUGGUUUGGCGUACGAAAUUCUGGAUGGAGAGUGCACAGACGCAAGAAAAGAUAAUGCGGAUGUCGUUGAUGUUUGAAGGGCUUGAGUUGUUUCUUGGCAGCACUUCAUAGAAUUGAAUUGCAGCACAUCCCUAUAUUUGAUAAAGAAAUGCCAAUACUUGAGGAAGCAUGGAUAUACUAGAACUUGUGUCAAGUUUGGCUGUUUGUAUAAUUUAUUGUCUUGUGGAAGUGUGAGUCUCAUACCUAAGAUUGAUUUAUGGAAGUAUUCAACCCUCAUAUAUCACUGCAUUAGUGUUUUUCAACCAACUUUGGUACACUUAACCCCAAUUGGAAGUCAUAUGAGAUCACGGCUGCAUAUUUCACCUUCACAUCUAUCAUUGUGGUCUUGAAUUCACUCACAUAUAUCUUCAAUUAAAACCAUGUCAACUUUAAUUUCAGUUUUUGA